UGGGCCAUCAUUAACAAUAAAAUAAAAUGAUCUGGAGGGCCAGAUAGAAUUACCUGGAGGGCCGGAUCUGGCCCAUGGGCCGUAGUUUGGGGACUCCUGCUGUAAUAGAAUCCAAGCGUCACUUUUAAUCUACAAACCGAGUUAGCAAUAUGGGACUUGAAAGAAUAUCGAAUAAAAAUGCAAAAGAUAGCUGGUAAAAGUCUGCAGAAAAAAUAAAAAAUAAAUAAAAAUAAAAGUCAAGAAGUGAAUUAAAAAAAUAAACAGCCCCUACCUCUUUUUUUGAAAGUUUAAUUUCCAUUUAUGAUCUAUAAAACAUCUCAUUAUUGAUCCAUGAUUUGACCAACACUCAACCCAUUCUUUUUAAAGCUUCAAAAAUGUGCACCGGAUUGUGACCUGAGCUGCUUUACCCUGUUUUCACCUGUAGAUGGCAGUGUGCUACCGGCAUUCUGUCACUGAGCAGGACAAACUAACCUGAUGAUAGAAGUGUCAUUAUUGCUCUUUUUAAUAAAGAUAUCAUAACAGAGGAACAUGAUCGAAACAGAUGUUUGUUUUUGGAUUUAUUUUAUAUGUAUAUACGUGUAUGUAAUAAAUGUUUAAGAUUUUCUGGGAAACAGCUUUUUUUUGUAAAACUCUGGUAUUUUUUUCAUUGGAACUCUGGGAACUGUCCAUGGGAGUGUGGUGCUGAAACAAAAAAAAGAGCUGCAAUUUAAUGUCAGCAAAUUAAGUCAAAAUAGAUUUGAAUGUUUUAGGAAACAAAACUGCACAAAGUUUGAAACAGUUUGGGUUUGUGGUAAUAGAUAAAAAUAAAAAAUAAAAACUCGAGAAUAUUUUUGCUUUGGUUUGACGCAGAUGACUGGACAGCAGUGUGCACGCGGGAUUCUGUGUUUAAUUAGCAUAAAAGAUCUGCUGGAGAGCAGCGGGACUGUGCGUCACAGCCACCGGUGAAGGUGGGAGGGGGAAGGGGGAUACCUAUGGGAGUCCACAAACGGCACUGUGUAUUCCUCCCACGAUCGACACUCGAAAAAAAAUCGCCGUGCUGAUGUGAAAUGAUGACUUAGCCGGAGGUGUUACAGGUGACUGGAGACAGCCGCGCGCGUCUGGAAGCCAGAAGAGCGCAGCAACAGUCGGACUUCAGCGGGGAGCGCGCGCUGGUGAAGCCGCUGCGCUGUGAUCUGUGGGCGACUCCGGGACCAGAACGUCACCUCAGUGACGGGAUACAAUGAAGCAACCCAGGAGGACAGGAGUGAAGCAAGUCCAAGUCACUGGAGUUGAAAAGCGCACGCGGUGACGGAGAGCGCAUGGGAAGAAGAAGAAGAAGAAGAGGUAAAACAGCGGAAAGUUGUCUAGACAAUUAGAGGUCCUGGCGCUGGAUGAAGAAAUAAGCGCAUGAGUGCGUAAUCCUGCAAACAAACUGCUGGAACUGAAGCCGCUUUUUCAGAAGUCUGCGCUUUUGGAACAGAAAAGGGGAUUUCCAUGGAGCCGGAAGGGAUCAGAGAAGAACAAAGCCCCAAUGUGGCUCAGACUGCUGCCUCCAAACUGUCCCAGAUGGGAGAAAGAACUAAAAUCCUGGGCAACGCAAUCCAGGAUCCAGAACGGCAGAAACGGAUCAUUCUGGUCAUAGUUUGUGUAGCACUUUUGUUAGACAACAUGCUCUACAUGGUCAUUGUGCCAAUCAUACCAGAUUAUCUUGAGGGGCUGCAGAAAGCAGCAGAUAAUGCCCAACAUGCAGCUGUGCGCCACAGCAACUCCACCAACAGCAGCAUCCCCAAAGCCCCCGCGGGGAACUUCGACCUGCAGAUCGGCGUCCUGUUCGCCUCCAAGGCCAUCGUGCAGCUCAUGGUCAACCCCAUAAGUGGCACCUUCAUAGACAGGGUGGGGUAUGACAUCCCGCUCUUCAUCGGCCUCAAUGUCAUGUUUCUUUCUACUCUCACGUUCGCCUUCGCAGACAACUACGCGACGCUGUUCCUGGCCCGCAGCAUGCAGGGCCUGGGCUCUGCGUUCGCGGACACCUCAGGGAUCGCGCUGAUCGCGGACAGGUACACGGAGGACACGGAGAGGAGCAAAGCGCUGGGCAUCGCGCUGGCCUUCAUCUCGUUUGGGAGUCUGGUGGCGCCCCCGUUUGGAGGGGUCCUCUAUGAGUUUGCGGGGAAGCGCGUGCCCUUUCUGAUUCUGGCCUGCAUCUGCCUCACAGACGGGGUGCUGUGCCUGACUGUGCUCAAGCCGUUCUCCAACCGGGAGCGGGACAACAUGCCAGUGGGCACCCCCAUCUACAAACUGAUGAUCGACCCGUACAUAGCGGUGGUGGCCGGCGCGCUCAUCAUCUGUAACAUCCCCCUCGCCUUCCUGGAGCCAACCAUCGCCAACUGGAUGGAGGACACGAUGCACGCCAGCGAGUGGGAGAUCGGCAUGACGUGGUUCCCCGCGUUCUUCCCGCAUGUUCUAGGUGUGUAUCUCACUGUGAAGUUGGCAGCCAAGUACCCCCAUCUGCAGUGGUUUUACGGGGCAAUAGGCAUGGUCUUCAUAGGGGCCAGCUCCUGCACGGUGCCAGCCUGUAAAAACUUUGGCCAGCUCAUGAUCCCGCUGUGCGGCAUCUGCUUUGGCAUCGCCUUCGUGGACACGGCGCUGCUCCCGACGCUGGGCUUCCUCGUGGAUGUUCGGCACGUGUCCGUCUAUGGGAGCGUGUACGCCAUUGCUGACAUCUCCUACUGCGUGGCCUACGCCCUGGGGCCCGUGGCUGCGGGACAGAUAGUGCACAACCUCGGCUUUGUUCAGCUCAACUUGGGCAUGGGGCUCGCCAACGUGCUUUACGCGCCGGCGCUCCUCCUGUUGAAGAACGUGUCACAGAUGAAGCCUUCCUUCUCCGAGAGGAACAUGCUCCUGGAGGAUGGCCCCACGGGGCUGUACGAUACCAUUAAGAUGGAGCAGAGGGAGAAAAAAAGAAAGGGGCUGUGCACGACGCUGGAUGAGAACGGCAUUGAGACUUUUGUUCAGCGCUCCUACUCAGAGGAGGAAUCCUCAGGCGGGGAGUACGCGUAAAAGACCUCCAACCAGGUGUAAAAUAGAUAAAUAAAGUGCCAAUGUAGAUGUGUGUAUCUUGUCUGAGUCAAUCAAUUGUAUAACACGAUUAGGAUGUACCAAUAACGUCGCUUGUUGUGACAAUCCCAGCGGGCUUUUGUCAAAUCAAGCGGUUUGAAGCUUUCGCAGGUGAAUGGCGCGUCUUCUGUUCCUCCAGCGCAUCACAUGUCAAUGUUUAGGAAACUGAUUCAUGCGGGGAGAGAUGUGUAAAUGUCAUGGGUGCGUCCUGCAAUGUGAAAUGUUUGUUUUUUGCUGACUUAAAAUAUGCAAAACUCGUGCGUAAAAACUGUUUUGGGAAGAAAAAAAUGGGAAUGUGCGCCUCGGUGAUUGUUACUUUUCUUUCAUUUUGAAUGUGUAUCUUGAAUGCAAUGCAAAUGAUCUGCAUCGACUGUAUAUUCAUACGCAUAAUUAAAUACAUAUAAUGUGAAA